AUACAAAGGACUUCUUUUUUUCAAAGACACAGUUGGGAUUGCAUUAACUGUCCCAACACGGUUUAUAGAUGAGAAGAUGAACAGAAUUUAUUACGUUUCUUCAAUCUUAUGCUUUUAAAUCUUCUAUAUAAUCCUUCUUUGGAUUCUCACUUUCUUCACCAAGUAACAGUCAUCUUUACUAUAUAUCAAACAUAGUGUACUAUAGCAAAGAUGGCUCAUUCUAGGGCUCUUCUUCUUCUGCUUGUCGGUGCUUUCAUUUGCACUAGUACUAGUGGUGCAAGGAAGCUUGGCAAUGAAAAGUUUGAGAAUCAGAAAAACUUUGUCCACCAUCCUCGGUUUGGUGGGGGUGGUGGACUAGGAGGUGGAGGUGGUGGUGGUUUAGGAGGAGGUGGAGGGUUAGGAGGAGGUGGGGGUUUAGGAGGGGGAGGAGGCUUAGGUGGGGGUGCUGGUGCCGGAGGUGGAGCUGGAUUUGGAGGAGGUGCAGGAGCAGGAGGCGGAGGCGGACUCGGUGGUGGUGGCGGCGGUGGUUUUGGAGGUGGAGGUGGAGGAGGAGUAGGUGGUGGAGCAGGCGGUGGAGCAGGCUAUGGAGGGGGAGCUGGAGGUGGGGUUGGAGGAGGGGCUGGUGGAGGUGGUGGUGGAGGGUUCGGAGGUGGCGGUGGUGGCGGAUUUGGUGGUGGAGCAGGCGGUGGCUUCGGUGGAGGAGCUGGCGCAGGUGGUGGGUUAGGUGGUGGAUUGCCUUGAAGAGAAUGUUUUAUAAGCUGCUGGUGGUGCUGGUGCUGGUGCUGGUGAAUGCAAAAAUUAAAUUUUAGUAUUUAAUUCCAACUUGAUUGUUCAAAAACUGUUCACUACUCUUUUAAAUUAAUCAUUUUGCCUUUGUAAUAUUGUAAUGUGUUUGCUUUUGAUGGUUUCAUGAAUUUUAGUUGUCAAAAGUAAUUGAUCCCUGUAUCCCAAAUGUUGUCAAAAUGUCAAUGAAUUGAAAUAAACUCUUUAAGCAAAACAA